UUGCUAAGCAAUAGCUUUUCAGCCACACAUCGAUUUUAUAUUUCCUUUGAGAACAGUUUGUGCAACGAGUAUAUAACGGAAAAACUCUACAGUAGAAUCUCUCAGUUGCUCGUUCCUGUCGUGAUGAAAAGACAAAUCUACGAAGGCACUGACGUCCCGUCCAACUCAUUCAUUGCUCUUGACGAUUUCAAGAGUACCAAGGAAUUGGGCGAUUAUUUAAAUUUCCUGCGCAGGAACAACACUGCGUAUCUGAAAUACUUUGAAUGGACCAAGGACUACCGUAUGCCAUCUACCUAUAGAAGUGAUGCAUUAUGCAGGCUCUGCAGAGAUAUCCACCAUGAGGAACAUCUCGAGAUUGAAGAUAUCGUUAAGUAUUACGUCCACAAUCAGUGCUCAGAUGGCACUGACGUCCCGUCCAACUCAUUCAUUGCUCUUGACGAUUUCAAGAGUACCAAGGAAUUGGGCGAUUAUUUAAAUUUCCUGCGCAGGAACAACACUGCGUAUCUGAAGUACGUUCUACCACAGUUGAUGCAACCAUUCAAAAACGCUGCUUGCCGAACAUACUUUGAAUGGACCAAGGACUACCGUAUGCCAUCUACCUAUAGAAGUGAUGCAUUAUGCAGGCUCUGCAGAGAUAUCCACCAUGAGGAACAUCUCGAGAUUGAAGAUAUCGUUAAGUAUUACGUCCACAAUCAGUGCUCAGAUGAAAACUAG